AUGCUGGUCAAGAAGGCCUUAUUGCUUGGGUAUUUUUGGUCUACUAUUCUGCGAGAUGUCCAGUUCUUGGUCUUUAACUGCCCUUCCUACCAACAUCAUGCCCCUGAAUAUCACCAGCCAACCAACCUCAUGAUCUCUAUCACCUCGCCAUGGCCAUUCGAACAAUGGGACACUGAUAUAAUUGGUCUAUUCCGUAUAGCCCCCGGCAACUAUGCUUAUCUGGUGGUUGCGGUGGAUUAUUUCACCAAAUGGAUCAAAGCCGAGCCUCUGAGGAGUAUAACCGAUAACUUCUUCAAGGGCUGGUGUGAAAGCCUUGACAUUCAUCAACAUUUUACUUUGGUGGGACACCCUAAAGCCAAUGGGCAGGCUGAGAAUUUCAACCGAACACUGCUCUAUGGCUUAAAAACCAGGUUGCACCAAGCCGGGUUAUCUCGGGUAGAAGAACUUCCCAUUAUCUUAUGGCCCUACCGAACCACCCCGAGGCCUGCUACGCAGGAAACUCCGUUUUCUCUAACUUAUGGAUCUGAAGCGGUGGUCCCCAUCGAAUUCAUCACUCUCAGUCCCCGUAUGGCGGCCUUUGCUGCUGAGAUUAAUGAAGAAGAGAGGAAAGUGGACCUCGAUCUUGUCGAGAAAAAAAGGGACACUGCAGCCGCCAAAGUGGCAUUAUACAAGAAAAUUCUAACUAGCUACUAUAACGCACGAGUCAAAAAUCUGCAGUUCAAUCCAGGAGAUUUGAUUUUAUGGAAGAACUCUGUCAGUCGAACUGAAACUCAGGGAAAAUUAGCUCCCAGGUAG